ACAUCACACUGUUCGAAUAUAGUUGCAUUAAUUUAAAGAUCUAAGCAAACAUGACGACUAUUGGAACAAAUCAGGUGGGAAAGGGUAAAAUCUACCCUAAAGAAUUUCCCAGUUAUUCUUACCAAUAUCCAUCGUUUCAACGUGUGCAACUUGCUGCUGUUAAAACUGGAUUAUAUCAUCCCAAUUUACCAACUUUUAGAAGAAUGGAUAUGGACACCGCCGGUCAUAAAUUACCCGACCAGCAUAACCGAACAACCACAUCUUGUGGACCGGAUGAUUUCCACAGAGCUACAUCCACAUUAUUUGCACCACCAUCUAAACGUUUGUCUAGUUUGGAUGUAACAGAAACAGGUCGUCAGAUGCACAGAUAUUACACUACACCAGAAGAACUCAAGAAAACAAAAGGAGAGUGGUCUGAUUUUCUGAACAGAUCACCAGAACGCUUUAAUAUGGAGUUACCUCCACUUCCUUCCAAUAAAGAUUUACAUUUUACUGGUUAUAAUGUACGAUAUUUACGUCCUGAUGUAACAAAGUCCUGGAAGUAUACAUUACGCCAGGAACCUAUGUUAGAUCAGUUUGGUCAGAAACCAAUGCCAGCUAAUGUGUUUGCACGAUACAGAGAUACCUUACCUCAGUACAACAGACAUAUUUCUACAGAGGCCUGGAGAUGAAAACCGGGUAAUUUUCAAUUGUCUAUAAGUAUUAUAUUUCGCUGUUUCGAUGCUUAAUGUAAGAUGUUAUAAUCUUAUAAACAUGUAUGCCGUACAUUCAUUACGAAAUUUUUGCAUUGGUAAAUGAUUGGUGAAUGUUAAACAGUAUUAUCA